AUGGAUAUGAACUCUUGGAUACCACUCCCAGUAUAUCUGCUUGUGGUCUUCGCCACCCGAUAUGUGGAAGCACUGCCAAGAGCAACAGGACCUCCGGUGUUGAGCAAGGAAGACACCGAGUCACCAGUAUCCCAUAUCCUUGGAAGCUUUACAAACCCAGGCAAAAGGAACGAAGAGACCUCCCAGGACAAUUAUUCCAGAGAAUAUGCAAGGAGUGGGACCGAGGAAGGUGCAAUUGUUGGAGGCACUGUUGCUGGUGGAAUUAUCAUCAGCAUCACGGUGUUUUUCGGCGUUCUCAUCCUUAAGAAAUAUGUUGCUCGUCAACGGGAAUGCAAUAAAAAGAUCAAUGGUGGGACACCGCCAUGCCCAAAUACUGAAACACCAGGAACAACGUCUAGCAGCUCGGCUCAUGCUUCAUGGCGUCAGACGUUCAACCACCAAAUAUCGGUCCCGGAUGCAGACUCUGUAUACUCUCAGAGGACUUUGGGAAACGCUGUAACUACCACUCAAGUGGGUAUGACUUCAGCUCAACCGAUCCCGCCGCCUACUAUACCGACAAAGGCUGCCCAGAUGUUGGGGGUUGAGAAGACGAUGUCAACAACGGCUCUGGCAAAGAGGCCUCUUCCUUCGCCACGCUUGCCAAUCACACCUCUGUCAGAGAACUUUAUGCCAAGGACUCCUAUUCUUCAAUACUCUUUGUCACAAAGCUCUCCGAAGCAAAGCCCUCUGCGGCGAAACCCUCCAUUGCUGCCCCCUCCAAAUAAUCCUCCUCCACAAGGUCCGCUGCCGCCUAUACCUACCCCUAGGCCAUCAGCUGUUGGAGAGUCCAAGCCAUCCAGAGGCCCCCAGAAUCGUACAUCAUCCAUAUGUACCAUGAGUUCUCUUGGCAUGGAACUUCUCCGCGAUGUGAUGCAUCCCCUGGAGUCAACCACAUCCAGCCCACCCCCUGAAAAGGCGUCCUUUCCUCGCUCAUCACCGCCAAUCUCAAACCCAAAUAAGCCACCUCCGGUAGCCAUUAACAAUGCCAAAGGACAGAAGAGGGUGCCUAGUACACGAUGUUUUGUACCGCUGUUCAAGAACAAUGGACAGCUGCCGAGUCCGACAUCGCCUGGUGGGGGAGUGCUUUCAGAACCGGGGACAAGGAACGAAACCAAAAAUACUGUCAAGGCCAAAACUGAAACAGUCUUACGAGACUCUUCGAGGGCGAGAUUAUUCUCUCUUGGCAAUAACAAAAUAUAA